AUGAGGAACGAGAACGUGUUCAGCACACUCAUCAAGAUCGAAGCUGAACGUACCACCACCAACAACGCCUACGUUCACCUACGCUUCUGCAAUACCAAUAGAUACUGGCAGAGGAAUACCGGCAACGACGCCAUUGUGGCUCAAUCCAACAAGCCUAACGAAGACAUGUCAGACAGAUCAUGUACUUUGUUUGAGGCGAUCAUGACGGGGCCCGACACUUUCUACCUCACCCACAUUCAGACCGGGUGGCGCGUGGUCAUACUAUCUAAUGCCUUCCAAUUGUCACGGGUAUCCCUAGGCUAUGCUGGCCUCCUAAAAUUUAUGAAUUGGGAUUCGUUGGUUCAUGUUCCUAGCCACGUCGCCUUCCAGGGAUUCAACGACAGCUACCUCAGGGGAGUCUGGGCGGAGAAUGCCCAAUUCCUGCAGUUCUCAUCCAACGAUCCCAACGAACGCUCUUCCAACCACCAGGUCCAACUCAUGCCCGACGGCCAUGUCCGUAUAUACUGUCAACAUUUCACCAGGUGGUGGCGGUACCACAAUGAUUGGAUAUGGGCGUCAACCCUGAACCCGUCCAUCGACGACAGAAACCUUCUCUUCUGGCCAGUAAAAAUCGACAACAACACCAUCACCCUCCGCAGCGUGGGGAACAACAAGUUCUGCAAACUCCAUGCCUGGGGCAACAUAAACCGGUGCCUGAACGCGGCGACUGACACUAUCGUGAACGAUGCCAGGAUCAGGUGCAAAAUCCGGGCGUAUCAGGUGGAACUCGUGUCGGACAGAAAAAUUUACAACGUGAGGUAUCGGAUGGAGGACGCCAGGAUAUACGGGGAGACGGCCUACGUGGCAGGGACCACCACCGCCACCAACUUGUCAAACGAUCACGACGAUGUCGGUCACGGCUACGGGGACGAUUCCUGUGCCGCCAAGGAGCGUGGCGUCGGCGAUGUGCCUUACUCGUACACGCAGCAGGAGCGGAGCUCCACCACCGGCCUAAUCACGGAGCUUGAUUAUGAUGAUGGUCUUGACACUGGCGUCAGCUGUUACAACUUCAACUUUGUCAUCCAAAAGACUAGACCUAUCGCUGAUCCCUCACUCAAUUUCGAUUUACCAAAUUGA